AAAUGGCCUGUCCUGAACAUAAAGCCAAUAACUUUAUUAAGUUCAUAUCGGUGUUGGUCGCAGUGGUGUUAAUAGUUUUGGGAGUGUUGAAAUUUUACUUCACCAAAGACAUUCCUAUUUUGGUGGGGAUUUGGACGGUGUAUUGGAUGUAAGAAAGUUGAAUGAAAAAGUUUAGUAUUUUUGGGUUAUUGUUGAUCCUUGUUGAAUUGAACGUAAAAUUGGUUAAGGAAUACUUUGGAUUCAUGGUUGAAUAUUGCGGAAAGGGCAUGUUUGUGAUAUUGUAAGAGUGGAGAAUAAUUUUAGCUGUGGAACCCUAAUGAUAGAUAGCUUUGUGGAUCCACACAUAGUGCAUGAAUCCAUAGUGGGGUUAUUGAUCAUCUUCGCUGGGUUUCUAAUAAUCAUAGUGGGAUAUUCUGCAAUGCCUAGUUAAAACUUCCCCCCUCCUCCAGUUCCAGUUUGA